AUCCAUCCCAUUUAAUUAUCUGAUAAGGCACGAUGAGUAAUGAUGUUAGUUUUACACCACAUUAGAGUGGAAUUUGGUCAUCCAAACACGCUAUCUCGCAUAUACGCACACAGCAAGGGCCACCUCACGAGCGGCUUUGAUUGCACACAGGCGUGUUACGUUGCCGACGUCUUUCUUUGCGAGAAGAGAGCGACGAAAGUGCAUGCAUGCCAUCCAUCAUCUCUAAGUUGACGAAUCGACACGACUCGCUGGGUCGAAACGGACUCGGAAAUGCAAACCCUAAUCCCAUCUCCUUCGUCUCCUUCCCCCGGAGGAAAAGAACCCAAAUUUCAAAACCCUAAUCCCACUUCCUCUCCUUCUCCUUCUCCAGCAUCAAUUCGGCUAUGGAGGCCUUCCGCACAGCGCAACCUCAGAAACCAAUGGUCGAAACUGCUCUCCCACAGACAGCGGUGGGCCUCUGCCUCAUCAGACGGAAGAUCGCACGCCACCUCUAUCGUCAACGCUCAUCUCUCUCACAGGUACAUGCCUGAUAUGGAUGUGGGUGUUUUGAGCGGAAUGUCCGAUAUUAAACAAAGAGCACAGGAAAAAUUGGCUAGGCGACAGGAGCAUUAUCAGGUCAAGCUUUUGUCAUCUUACAAGGAUAUGGUAGGUGUUGUUGCUCAAAUGGUCAAUGCUUCUAGAUCCAUGCGAUGUUUUCUUAAAGGAUCAAUGAAUAGUCCAAUAGUACAAUUUGGUAGUCAACCUGAGGAUGGCAAUGACACUGGAGAUGGUGGAGGGGUUCCGGUUUUCUCAUUUUUGUCAAUCCUAUAUUUUGAAAGUUUGGCUCAAGAACUCGCUCAGAUGUUUGUCCAAGAGCUGACUUUGAAGAGGUUGCUCGUGCUUGAGCUACUCUCCAUCAAUCGCGAAGAGGAUUCAAGUGUGCAAACCAAUAGAUUAAGUUGGUCAGAUGAGCUUUAUCCUGGAGAAUUUGAUGAUUUGAGUAUAAGUGACCUUUUGUAUUCCAAGGAACACUGCCAGCCAGUCCCUCCAAGGAUAAAUGGUUGGGAAUUUGGUAAUCCUACUACCGGACGAACUAAUAAUCUUCUGGACCGUGAAGUUUUGGAGGUGUAUCUAACAGCAUGGCUUGUGGAGGUGAAUAUCAACAUCUACAGGGUCGAUCAAAUCUUUACGAUGAUAGGGGAGGAAAUGAAUGUCAACCUUUCAUGAAGUUUUCAUCCAAGUAGAGAAAAGAAAUGAAAUAUGAAAGAAAAGAACCGUUUGACUCUUUCGACAAACCUUUAAGAGUGGCGUGCAGCUUCAAAAAUCACCAUUUAUGAGGCUGCAGGGAGUGUCAAGGUGUUUGGAAAGUAUUCCAUUGUUUUAAAUGAUACUGCAUGCAUCUGCGCUUCUUUUCUGUGUGUAGAGAAACACCAAUUUCUUAGCCUACUCUCUUGCUAAGGGAUUUGUAAACUAGCCCUUUGCAUCAAAACGUUCCAAUCCAUUGAGGAAAUUUGUAUUGUUAAUAGAGGUUUGCUUGAAUACACCCAGUGUUUUUACUUGAUGGGGCUCCCCCUGGAUGGUAUUGCAUAAUUCCUUUUAUUC